UCAGUAGCAAAUGGUAAUCUUCAAAAAUGUUGGGUACAAAAAUAACUUUGAUAGGCUUGCUGGCAGCGGCAACUGCUGUUCCAUUGAAUCAACCAUGGCAACUAGUUCCCAAUUCUUAUGGGUUUCUGCACAUAGUUAAUAUCAAUCCAUCCAAUCUACCGGACGUGGUAUCUAGCAAUCCGGAACAUCUCUUCGCACCCGAAAGUGAUAUGGUAUUUCGACUUUUUACCCGAACCAAUCCAAUUGAACCGCAGUUUUUGGAAAUAGGAAAUCCAGCAUCAAUCACAAACUCCAAUUUCAACGCCGAACACCCAACUCGCUUCACGAUUCAUGGCUGGAACGGAAACGGUAACGAUCCCUCAAGCACGGUAGUCCGUAAUAGUUUUAUCUCAGCCGGUGACUUCAACGUAAUCAACGUUGAGUGGAGUGUAGCUGCCGUUACUCCCAAUUACGUAUCGGCUCGGAAUGCAGUUGGGCCGGCCGGAACCGGAGUAGGCCUACUGAUAGAUGAGUUAAUCGCUCAUGCAGGAGCUAGUCUGGAUGAUAUCUAUGUGAGUGGUUUCAGUUUGGGUGCUCACGUGGCCGGAAAUGCCGGAAAGUAUCACAACGGUAACAUCAAUACAAUAAUUGCCAUAGAUCCUGCCGGUCCGUUGUUUUCGUCCGGACAGGAAGAUGCAGUAUCUCCCGAAGAUGGCCAGUAUGUGGAAACUAUUAUGACCAAUGCUGGGGUGGCAGGUGCAAAUAUACCGUUAGGACAGGCCAAUUUCUACCCGAACGGUGGUCGCAGACAACCCGGUUGUGGCACCGACAUCAACGGAAGUUGUGCUCACGAACGAGCGCCUGUAUUAUAUGCGGAAUCCAUCGGGUCAUCGGUUCCGUUUCGAUCAACAAGAUGCCAAAGUCAUGAUGAAUUGCUGGAUGGCGUUUGUACUCCUAGUGGACCGGAUGCCAACAUGGGUGGAGAGCCAUCCAAUUAUGGUCGCGAAGUUGAGGGCAUUUAUUUCCUAACGACCAAUGGGGAAGAACCAUUUGCCCAGGGAUGAAUAAAAGUAUACAAAUCAAAA